AGGGGGAGGAGGGGACCCUGCAGCUACAUAAGCACUCCCCUGGAAGAUGUGUAGUACACCAUCCCCGAGCGGCAAACCCCCCCGGCCAGGCACUGUCAGGUGAUUGUUUCCCGUCUGAGUGAGGAAGGUAAAGAGAAGCAGCGAUGUGUGACGAUGAAGAGAGCACCGCCCUCGUGUGUGAUAACGGCUCAGGUCUCUGUAAGGCAGGCUUCGCCGGGGAUGACGCUCCCAGGGCAGUGUUCCCCUCCAUCGUGGGGCGUCCCAGGCACCAGGGCGUGAUGGUGGGAAUGGGCCAGAAGGACAGUUAUGUAGGGGAUGAGGCACAGAGUAAGAGGGGUAUCCUGACCCUGAAGUAUCCCAUUGAACACGGCAUCAUUACCAACUGGGACGACAUGGAAAAGAUUUGGCAUCACUCCUUCUACAACGAGCUCCGUGUGGCCCCUGAGGAGCACCCUACUCUACUGACUGAAGCCCCCCUAAAUCCCAAAGCCAACAGGGAGAAGAUGACACAGAUCAUGUUUGAGACCUUCAAUGUUCCAGCCAUGUACGUGGCUAUCCAGGCAGUGCUGUCCCUCUAUGCUUCCGGCCGUACCACAGGCAUUGUCCUCGACUCCGGUGAUGGUGUUACCCACAACGUGCCCAUUUAUGAGGGCUACGCCCUGCCCCAUGCCAUCAUGCGCUUGGAUCUGGCCGGCCGUGAUCUCACAGACUACCUCAUGAAGAUCCUGACCGAGCGGGGCUACUCCUUUGUCACGACUGCUGAAAGAGAAAUUGUCCGUGACAUCAAGGAGAAGCUGUGCUACGUGGCCCUGGACUUUGAGAAUGAGAUGGCCACCGCUGCCUCCUCCUCCUCUCUGGAGAAGAGCUAUGAGCUUCCUGAUGGCCAGGUCAUCACCAUCGGCAACGAGAGGUUCCGCUGCCCCGAGACCCUCUUCCAGCCAUCCUUUAUCGGCAUGGAAUCUGCUGGCAUUCAUGAAACCACCUACAACAGCAUCAUGAAGUGUGACAUUGACAUCCGCAAGGACCUCUACGCAAACAACGUCCUGUCUGGAGGCACCACCAUGUACCCUGGGAUUGCUGACAGAAUGCAGAAAGAGAUCACUGCCUUGGCCCCCAGCACCAUGAAGAUCAAGAUCAUCGCACCACCAGAGCGCAAGUACUCCGUCUGGAUAGGAGGCUCCAUCCUGGCCUCUCUCUCCACCUUCCAGCAGAUGUGGAUUAGCAAGCAGGAGUAUGAUGAAGCCGGCCCUUCCAUUGUUCAUCGCAAAUGUUUCUAAAGCCGCCCCCCCACCAACCCACCCCAAAAUCCCACUGUGUCGCUCCUUCGCCUGUAAACUGUGAAUGUACCCUUUUCCUUCUUUCAUUCCGUCUUUGCACUGCCAACUACUGAGCGAAUGUUUUUUUUGUUCGUUUUUUUAAAGAAUGAAUAAAGCUUGAAUGUUA